AAAUAUAUCUUUUAUUGAAUAUUUAGAUAUUUUCAGUAAUAGAUAUAAUAUUAGUAAUAUAGAGAAAUUCUAAAUAACAUCAUUCUUUUUCUUCAAGUGAAAAUAUUCUAAUUCGUACGAUUUUCGAGCACACCCCAUAUAGCCGAGUAAUGUAUUAUAUAUCUUGUUCUUCGUAUGUACAAAACAUAGACAAUUUUUCCGGGAAAAACGCUUUAAUGCGACUAUUGCGAUCGACGAUAUAUUUCGGGAGCGCUUCGCGUUUCAAAAUUGACCGUCAAUGCGUGUCGCGUCGUCGCUCUUAGUUUUUCAAUCGGAUGAUUCGAUGUUGACGAGAUCCAAAUCUGGCGAUUCUGAUAUACAAUUCUAUAAUGGCGACGUGACCAUCAUGCGCCGAUUUUCCUGAGUCACGAUUCAAAAUUUCCGUGAAUUCUUCGCGAAUCUUUCACGAGUUUAGGUUACACUAUAUUAAUGCACCUGCUCGUCGUUCCUAGCGACGAUGCUUGGUGCUUGCUGAAUUAUCGAGUCUAGUGCAUACAUGCAGGGACAAUUUUUGUUUAUACGAGCAUCAUGAAUACAUUGUGGAAAACCUGGCAACCCAUCAAGAAAGAACCGACAGCUCCCGCUAUAAUGAAGAGUUUAGACAACAGUUUAGAUGAUUUUGAUAAGCUGCCUGAAUUUAAUCCCAAGCUAUUUUUUGUAGACAAAAACUCCCUGAUGGACUCUUGCAUGAAAUGUCACAAUAAUAAUAACAAGAGUUUCUUGUUAUUGGAUGGACGAGAAAAUCUGCAAGUCUCCGAUGCUGAAGAGUUCCUGAAAAAAUUGAGUUGUAUCAAAGAGAACACUAAAGUGAAAGUGGUUUCAAUAUUUGGAAAUACAGGUGACGGAAAAAGUCACACCAUGAAUCAAGUAUUUUUUAAGGGUGAGGAAGUAUUUCAAACAUCAAACGAACAGGAUUGUUGUACAUUAGGCGUUUGGGCGGCGUUUGAUCCGAUUCUGAAUGUUAUUUGUUUGGAUACAGAAGGUUUACAAGGUACAAUACAUCCUGUAGUUUAA